GACAUACAAUUAUUGAUCACAAGAUACAACAUAUUAUUGGCGACGAGGAUUAAGAAGAGGAUUAAGACAAGGAUCAAGACGGGAUCAAAGAGGACAUGCCGAACGGACUGGUUAGCACCUUACAUGCAGGUUUGGGUCGUUAGCGGCAGCUAGCUCAAAUUAUUAGCAACGUCUGCGGGUGGAGGAGAGGAUUCAUUGACACACAAUGGCAAUGAUUGGCACGAUGGCACCUUUUGAUGCAAAACAUCAGAAGUGGGAAGAAUACCGUGAGGUAUUGGACGUUUUUUGAGGCUAAUGAAUUUGAUAAUGGAGACAGACAAAGAGCCAUAUUAAUAAGUGUUGUGGGAUCAUCAACAUACAGCGUUAUGAAAAACCUCCUCAGUCCAGAUAAGCCCAAGGAUAAGACUUACACACAACUUGUGGAGCUGCUAAAAAAUCACAUUGACCCAAAGCCUAGUGAAAUUGUGCAAAGGUACAAGUUUGACUCCCGCAACCGUGAGCGCAAUGAGUCAGUAAUGGAAUACGUGGCUGAGCUUCGUCGGUUAGCGCAGGAUUGCAACUAUGGCAACACUUUGCAGCAGAGGUUGAGAGACAGGAUCGUCUGUGGAAUAAAUGAAGAUCGGAUUCAGAGACGACUCUUAUCAGAAGCGGAUUUAACAUUUGAAAAAGCAUUGUCAAUUGCUGUGGCGUCAGAGACUACAAAUAAAAAUGCACAGGAGAUACAAAACCAAGGGGCCACAGCUAAAUUUCAAAAUGGAUAAAAAGCCACAGGAGGCUUAUGCACACAGAGAACCUACCAAAGAGUGUUACAAAUGCAAGGGAACCAAGCAUGAAGCAGCAGACUGUAAGUUUAAACAAGAGAAAUGUCAUGCAUGUGGUAAAAUAGGACACAUUGCCAGAGCUUGUCGUAGCAGAUCUACACAGAAUGGAAACAGCAACAAAAAUGCAGACCCAAAGAGAGAAAGGAGGCAAACCACAUAUCACCGUUCUCAUAAAGUACAAGAGCAACAGAGCCAAAGUGAUAGCUCAGAAGAAGAUACAUUCUUUCUGAAUAAGAUGAGGUUCAGAUUGGGACGCAUGAGUGAAGUGCACCUGAGACGAGUAGACCCAUACAUGGUUGAAGUGAAGCUGGAUAGUAAGUUUGUUAACUUUGAGAUAGACACUGGCUGUAGUUUCACAAUAAUGAAUGAACAGACAUUCCAAAGACUAUGGAAAGACACAAAAAGUCCAUGUUUGAGACCAACCAAAAUCCACAUCGAGUCUUAUACAGGUGACCCUGUUAAUGUGGUCGGAGCUGCCAUUGUUAGAGUGAAAUACAAACAUCUCAUUGUGGUUAAAGGGGACGGCCCCAGCCUGCUGGGAAGAGGCUGGCUGGAGGAAAUACAUCUGAGUUGGAAAGAAAUCAAGCUCAGACACAAAUCCCGAGUCCUGAAACACCUGAAGACAGAGGACAAAUCGCUGCAGCAAGUACUGAGCAAACAUGAAAAUGUCUUCAAAGAGGAGCUUGGCACACUGAAAGGUAUGAAAGCUACCAUCCAUGUAAAGGCUGAUGCAGUCCCUCGUUUCUUCCGUCCGAGGUCUGUCCCGUAUGCCAUGCGCACCAAAGUAGAUGAAGAAAUAGACAGAUUGUUGAAAGAAGGAGUAAUCUCACCUGUUAAACAUGCAGAAUGGGCAGCACCAGUGGUUCCAAUACUGAAGCCUGUUGGGACAGUAAGGCUCUGUGGAGACUACAAGCUCACUGUAAAUACAGUUUCCUCACUUGAACAAUACCCCAUACCCCGAAUGGAAGAUCUGUUUGCAGCACUGACAGGAGGAAAACAGUUCACAAAGUUGGAUAUGAGUCAUGCAUACCAGCAAAUACUCAUGGAUGACGAAUCAAAGAAAUACUUAACAGUGAAUACGCACAGAGGCUUAUUCACAUACAACAGACUGCCUUUUGGAGUAGCAUCAGCCCCAGCUAUAUUUCAGAGGACAAUGGAAGGUCUCCUGCGAGGCAUUCCUUUCGUGCCAGUGUAUUUAGAUGACGUCCUGGUGAGCGGUGUGGAUGAGGAAGACCAUCUGCAGAACCUCAAAACAGUAUUGGCAAAGCUGGAGGAGGCAGGAAGGAGAAGGAGCAAGUGCACUUUCCUGGAAGAGGAAGUGGAAUAUCUGGGACAUCGAGUGGACGCACAGGGACUUCACCCAGUGGAAAGGAAAGUCAAAGCCAUCAUGGAGGCUCCCAACCCCACAAAUGUUACUGAACUCAAGUCAUACUUAGGUUUGCUAAAUUACUAUAACACAUUUCUGCCAAACUUAGCUACACUAUUGGCACCACUGCAUGAGCUCCUGCGACAAGAUGUGCGAUGGACAUGGCAAAAGAAACAGGAAGAGGCUUUUAAAAAAUCAAAGGCCCUGUUAAACUCAGCAGAAGUGUUGGUGCAUUACUCUGAUGCCCGAGAGUUAAUUAUGUCAUGUGAUACGUCACCUUACGGGGUGGGCGCUGUUUUAUCACACGUAAUGGACGAUGGAACUGAACGUCCUUUGGGGUUCAUGUCGCGUACCCUAGCGCCUGCUGAAAAGAAUUACUCACAGCUAGACAAAGAAGGCUUAGCAAUUAUAUUUGGAAUCAAGAAAUUACACAAGUACUUGUAUGGUCGAAGUUUCACCAUCUAUACAGAUCACAAGCCACUGAUCUCUCUCUUCAACGAAAAGAAACCCAUUCUACAGAUGGGUUCCCCUAGAGUUCAGAGAUGGGCGGUGCACCUGAGUGCCUAUGAGUAUCACUUUGUGUACAAACCAGGAAAGAACAACGCUAAUGCGGACGCAUUAAGCAGACUGCCGCUGUCGGAAGAUGUGCGAGAGAGUGAGACCGCAGAACAAGUGCUCAUGAUUGAUCUUCUGGAUGACACACUCGUGGACACAGCCAAAAUAAAACACUGGACAGCUAAGGAUGUAAUAUUGUCUGAAGUUCAUGGUUAUGUCCUGUCGGAGUGGCCUUCAGUGACUGAGGCUCCUCUCAAGCCGUAUCAUCAGAGGAGAGAGGAACUGAGUGUGAGGGAUGGCUGCGUGCUCUGGGGAGCCAGAGUCAUCGUACCAAACAAAGGCAGGGAAAAGAUAUUGAAAGUACUGCACCAAACACAUUCCGGCAUGUCAAAGAUGAAAGGUCUGGCUAGAUCUUAUGUAUGGUGGCCGGGGAUGGACCAGGAUGUAGAAAAGGAAGUGCAGUCUUGUGAGGAGUGCCAAAAGCACCACAAGUCACCACCAUCAGCACCAUUACAUCCCUGGGAGUGGCUGGAGUCUCCCUGGACGAGAAUUCAUGUGGACUAUGCAGGUCCUUUCCUGGGAGAGAUGUUUCUACUGAUAGUGGAUGCUCACUCAAAAUGGAUGGAUAUUUAUCUAGUGAAGUCAGCUACAUCACAGGUGACCAUUGAAAAGCUACGUCAGAGUUUCAGUGUUUUUGGACUGCCAAAAAUGUUGGUGUCAGACAACGGAACCUGUUUUACAAGUGCUGAAUUUGAGACUUUCAUGAAACAAAAUGGCAUCCGCCAUGUGAGGUCAGCACCGUUUCACCCGUCUUCUAAUGGGCUGGCAGAGAGGGCGGUCCAAACCUUCAAAGGGGGGAUGAAAAAGAUGAAAGGUGAAACAUUGCAAACUAGACUGUCAAGGUUUCUGUUCAGUUACCGCAUCACACCUCACGCGACCACAGGCCUGUCGCCUGCAGAGUUGAUGAUGACAAGGAGACUCAGAUCUGCACUUGACCUGCUCCUGCCAGAUGUGAAAACAAGAGUGCAGCAAAAACAACUAAAACAGAAACAGUCCCAUGACACAAACAGGAAACUGAGAAGUUUCUCACUUGGGGAGAAAGUGUUCAUCAGAAACUACUCUUAUGGACCUAAAUGGAUCCCUGCGGUCAUCGACAGCUCAUCAGGUCCAGUGUCAUAUACAGUGAUCAUUGGAAGUGGUCAAGUCGUGAAGCGGCAUGUGGAUCAAGUAAGAGCCAGAUUGACAGACACCGUGUCCUUAGAGCCAGUGCUGGACUCCAACAGAGACACUGUGGUUCCAGUGACAAUCGAGCAAGAAGGACCUCCUGCAAGUGAGCCAGUGAUUCUGUGUACGCCGGUCCCGCCGGACUUGCCUGCUAAACCUGUGGUGAGACGAUCAGAGCGCGAGAGACAGCCACCUGUAUACCUGAAAGACUUUGUUAAAUAGAUCAAGAGAUGUUCAAUUAAUAGAGCAGCAUAAUUCUCUGUUCUCACUUUAAGGAAAUGUUUAGAAUGUUAAUCUUUGAAAGUGAAAUGAUUUAUGUCAGUACCUCGAAAUGUUGUGUAACGGGAGUAUGUUAUACCCCCACCUUCGGGAAGUAUUGUUAGCUUAAAGGGGGGGAAAUGUGGUAUCUUAC